AUUCAAGCACCAAAGAACAAGAGUACAGUGACGUCACGAAACGUUACAACGAAUGGAUGAGGCGCGGUUGAGUCAUGCUGACGAAGAAUUGGAGGAUCGACAUGCAUACUAUGAACUUCAGCUACCGACUCAAGAUCGGUAUCAUUGUCAUUGUGAUUAUGGUGCUUGGGUUUUUUAAUGAGAGUCAAGGUACCGCGCACUAUGGAGAGGACAGCGUGGGGUCAUUUCCGUACUUCGAAUACAAUGUGCCUCGGAAUGUGACUACAGUGGUCGGACAGACCGCGUUCCUCCAUUGUAGGGUUGAACAACUCGGUGACAAAGCGGUAUCUUGGAUUAGGAAAAGAGAUCUGCAUAUAUUAACUGCUGGGAUCCUGACUUAUACAUCGGAUCAGCGGUUUCAAGUGAUCAGGCCAGAGAAGUCGGAAAAUUGGACGCUUCAAAUAAAAUUCCCGCAGGAAAGGGACGCGGGUAUCUACGAGUGUCAAGUCAAUACCGAACCGAAAAUGUCUUUAGCUUUUCAACUGAACGUCGUUGAAGCGAAAGCGCACAUCCUCGGUCCGGUUGACCUGUACGUGAAGACUGGCAGUUCACUGUCGCUUACAUGUAUACUAAGCCAGGGCCCACACGAUUUGGGCACGAUAUUUUGGUAUAAGGGAUCAAACAUAAUAGAAUAUAAGGAACUAGAAGAGAAUGAGCUGGUAGAGGAACCUCGAGUGAGGCUAAAGACGGAGUGGACGGAACAGCUGACGUCACGGCUGACGGUGGAGAAGCUGUUGCCGGGAGACAGCGGAAACUACAGCUGUGUGCCCACUAUGGCUGAAGCAGCUUCUGUUAACGUGCAUGUUAUAAAUGGCGAGCAGCCAGCAGCGAUGCAGCAUGGCAACGCAAACACAGCAUCACCGUGUGCCCUGUCGGUUAAUUUACUCAUCUCAUUAUAUUGCACUCUCGCUACUCUAUAUACCAGCACGGUAGAUGGAUUCAGAUGAAAAUUAAAAAACUUUUGAAACAACACUUAUAAUGGAAGUUGUUCUAAUAUUUGUAUUAUAAAAAUGAGUCUUAAUUAGGUUUUGAUAAGACUAUGUUGUGGUAGUUGACUACGUGGAUUUUUUGUAAGGGACGUUUGUAUUAGUCUUAAAGACUAUGUAUAAUGUUGUUGCAAUCAUUAUGUUAUGUUAUGCAGUUUUAUAGGAACAAUUCAAUGAAAGCAUUUUUCUCUUAACAGUGUUGCUUUACGUCGGUUUUCUGUGAGGCCGUGGUAUCACUCCGGUCGAGCCGGCCCAUUCGUACCGAAGCAUGGCUCUCCCACACAAAUCACAUACAAAAUACCUAGAUUCCAAUAUAUUACAGAAUGACUACCUAAAUUUAUACGUAUUUCUAAAUGUGUCAGAGACCAGACCCAGUCCAAUGAGUUUUAAAUUAAAGGAUUUCAACGGAUCAAAAUGUAAUGGGUGAUUAAAUAUUCAAGUUACAAGAUGGCUACCCUGUCUUUGAUUUUCACUGUUAAUUUCGAUUUUGUCCGCCAUUUUUGGACCAGUGAACAUGUUCAGUGGUUUUAUCGAAUUACGUUUUAGAUUUCGUUUUUGUAUUUCAUUCUUCUUUCUUAUAGUA